CUCAGGGUUCAGUGUCUUGCUCGAGGACACGUAGGAGGCAUGGUCACAACGGUUGCCGAUCGAACCCGCAAUCUUUGGGUUUGAGAGAGCCACCGAAACAGGGCAGGGAAAGCAGGCAAUUAUACAGUAACAGCAAACGGAUAAGCGGUCGACCAACCACCCUGCAAGGACAGAGAAUCUUCCGGUUUCUCCGCCAUCAUAUUUAAAGCGUGGUGCUGUUGACACAGCAUAAUUGAGUCCUCUUGCCCUGCGGCUCCUGAUGAUUAGCUACAAAGCCCAAAGGAUCAUUGGGAUGAGAAAGGACUUCAUACUAACACGCUGCGAGGGCACCCUCAACACUUUUGGCUUGAGCUCAGUCAUGUCAGAGAACCAAACUCCCAUCUCGCGCUCGCACUUGGUCACAGUCAAGGGGAUUCCUCUUCCAGACCACAUCGCCAAAGCCCUCGAGGGAGCAGCCGCUUUCUCGCCUCAUCCGUCGGACAUCCUCAUCGACUCCUACCCUAAAUCAGGGACGACAUGGAUCCAGGAGAUAGUUGACCUCCUUCUUCAUAACGGAGAUGAUGGGAGCUCAAAACGAGCUUCCAUCGUCAAGCGCCACCCUUUCCUCGAGGCUUCCACUCAGCUAUGCAAACAAUCGGGUCUCGAUCUCCUGAAGGAGAUGGAUCCCCCGAGAGUCAUCAAGACACAUAUGCCGCUUCAGCUGGUUCCAGCCGGCUUUUGGGAAAACAAGUGCAAAAUAAUCUACAUCGCACGCAAUGCCAAGGACACCCUGGUGAGCUACUACCACUUCCUUCGCAUGAGUAAGAUCAGUCCUGAGCCCGGACCCUGGGAGGGAUUCAUCCACAAGUUCAUGCGUGGAGAGCUGGGAUGGGGCUCCUGGUACGAUCAUGUGAAAGGGUACUGGGAGGAGCGCGAAAAGAGGAACAUCCUUUUCCUGUUCUAUGAAGACAUGAAAGAGAAUCCCAGACGUGAAAUUGAACGAAUCAUGAAGUACCUCGACUUGUACCUCCCUGAUGAUGUCAUCAGCCACAUUGUGGAGAUGACGACCUUCAAGAACAUGGAGGAGAAUCCAAUGGUCAACUAUAGCUUCUUUGGCAAAGAGAUUUUUGAUCAGACCAUCUCCAAAUUCAUGAGAAAAGGAGAAAUCGGUGACUGGAAAAAUCAUUUUACGCCGGAGCAGUCAGCGGAGUUUGACGAGGACUACCAGAAGAAAAUGAAGAAUGUCAACAUACCAUUCAGAGCACAGUUCUAACGGGCUUUGCAAUGUUGCAGUGGCUCCUAAUUGGCUUUAAUUUUUUUCAGAUGUUGGGCGUUGCCACUGUAGCAUAACAUCACACUAAAAUAGAAUAUAGUGACACAGUUGUUUUCUAGGUAAAAAUGUCGAUGUUACAGGACUUAGAAUAGAGAAAGUACAUACACUUACCAUAGUGAAAGAGCUACAUCAACAUUUUUUGUUCCACAUGACCACAGAACUAAUUAAACUUGUAUCUCAUGGCACCAUGA